AUGGUGGGCACUGUGUGGAUCCAUCACAGUGUGGUUGCACUCUGGAUAGUGGUGUUUAUAUUCCGUCUGGAGGAGCAUGGACUGACCCAGGCUGCACACAACACUGCCUUUGUCGAGGUGGGCUUGCAGAGUGUUCCGAAUUCCAGUGUGGAGAGAACGAAGAAUGCGAAAUCAGGAACGGUUUUCCAAGCUGUUACUGCAGAGAUGGCUACACCUCUCUCGGAGAUGCCUGCUUCAGAGGUGAGAACUCCUGGGUAUUGCCAGAUCUGGGGUGACCCCCAUUAUGUGACCUUUGACGAUAAGAAAUAUAACUUCCAGGGUGAUUGUGACUACACGCUGGUCAGAGAUUGCCAGAAUUCCAGUGACUACCACCUGUGGUCCAACAAUGAACGGCUGCGCCCAUCUGACAGUGUUUCUUACCUGAGGGAAGUGGUACUUGACCUGAGCGAUAGAAGAUACGCUCUGAUCAAGGGCUUCCAUGUCAGAGUGAAUGGAAGAGAUGUCUCUGAAAACCUGCCUUACAUGGAUGAGCAAGUGUGGAUCUACAGGGAUGUGACAUCCAUGAAUCUGGUAACAGAUUUCUUAUGGGUUAGCUACGAUGGAAUGGACAGUGCUGAUGUGUACCUCAGUUACUUUGCAGGAAGAACUUGUGGCCUGUGUGGAUCCUUUGAUGGAGACCAGAACAAUGAUAUGAUACUUCCUUCAGGAGAAUUGGCAAGAUCAGCAACUGAGUUUGGAAACAGCUGGGUUGCGUACCCUGACCAAUGUGAUGGUGUGGAUCCAGGUCCAACUGACCCUUGUGAGGAUGGAGUGAACAGCUUGUCUGCAUCCAACGAUCUGUGCUAUUAUUUGAAGGAUCCUUCCGGACCAUUUGAAUCCUGCCUUGAGAUCGUGGAUCCAGACGACUACUAUGAUUCGUGCGUCUAUGACGUGUGUCUUACCGGUGAUGAUGCUCUGUGUUCCAGUCUUGCACAAUACGCUCGUGCCUGCAGGAGCAAGGGAGGGAAACCUGGCAGAUGGAGAUUGCUUGUGGAAGAAUGCCCACUGAACUGUCCUUCCAACACUGUGUACGACCCCUGCUUCAGUGGCUGUCCAGCAACCUGUUCCUCUGCUGCGAGCACAUUGUCCUGCAAUACCACUUGCCAGGAAACGUGUAGAUGUGCAGAUGGUCUUGUACUGGAUGGUGGGCACUGUGUGGAUCCAUCACAGUGUGGUUGCACUCUGGAUAGUGGUGUUUAUAUUCGUCUGGAGGAGCAUGGACUGACCCAGGCUGCACACAACACUGCCUUUGUCGAGGUGGGCUUGCAGAGUGUUCCGAAUUCCAGUGUGGAGAGAACGAAGAAUGCGAAAUCAGGAACGGUUUUCCAAGCUGUUACUGCAGAGAUGGCUACACCUCUCUCGGAGAUGCCUGCUUCAGAGGUGAGAACUCCUGGGUAUUGCCAGAUCUGGGGUGACCCCCAUUAUGUGACCUUUGACGAUAAGAAAUAUAACUUCCAGGGUGAUUGUGACUACACGCUGGUCAGAGAUUGCCAGAAUUCCAGUGACUACCACCUGUGGUCCAACAAUGAACGGCUGCGCCCAUCUGACAGUGUUUCUUACCUGAGGGAAGUGGUACUUGACCUGAGCGAUAGAAGAUACGCUCUGAUCAAGGGCUUCCAUGUCAGAGUGAAUGGAAGAGAUGUCUCUGAAAACCUGCCUUACAUGGAUGAGCAAGUGUGGAUCUACAGGGAUGUGACAUCCAUGGCAAGAUCAGCAACUGAGUUUGGAAACAGCUGGGUUGCGUACCCUGACCAAUGUGAUGGUGUGGAUCCAGGUCCAACUGACCCUUGUGAGGAUGGAGUGAACAGCUUGUCUGCAUCCAACGAUCUGUGCUAUUAUUUGAAGGAUCCUUCCGGACCAUUUGAAUCCUGCCUUGAGAUCGUGGAUCCAGACGACUACUAUGAUUCGUGCGUCUAUGACGUGUGUCUUACCGGUGAUGAUGCUCUGUGUUCCAGUCUUGCACAAUACGCUCGUGCCUGCAGGAGCAAGGGAGGGAAACCUGGCAGAUGGAGAUUGCUUGUGGAAGAAUGCCUGGCUGUCCAGCAACCUGUUCCUCUGCUGCGAGCACAUUGUCCUGCAAUACCACUUGCCAGGAAACGUGUAGAUGUGCAGAUGGUCUUGUACUGGAUGGUGGGCACUGUGUGGAUCCAUCACAGUGUGGUUGCACUCUGGAUAGUGGUGUUUAUAUUCCGUCUGGAGGAGCAUGGACUGACCCAGGCUGCACACAACACUGCCUUUGUCGAGGUGGGCUUGCAGAGUGUUCCGAAUUCCAGUGUGGAGAGAAACGAAGAAUGCGAAAUCAGGAACGGUUUUCCAAGCUGUUACUGCAGAGAUGGCUACACCUCUCUCGGAGAUGCCUGCUUCAGAGCUCCUGGGUAUUGCCAGAUCUGGGGUGACCCCCAUUAUGUGACCUUUGACGAUAAGAAAUAUAACUUCCAGGGUGAUUGUGACUACACGCUGGUCAGAGAUUGCCAGAAUUCCAGUGACUACCACCUGUGGUCCAACAAUGAACGGCUGCGCCCAUCUGACAGUGUUUCUUACCUGAGGGAAGUGGUACUUGACCUGAGCGAUAGAAGAUACGCUCUGAUCAAGGGCUUCCAUGUCAGAGUGAAUGGAAGAGAUGUAUCUGAAAACCUGCCUUACAUGGAUGAGCAAGUGUGGAUCUACAGGGAUGUGACAUCCAUGAAUCUGGUAACAGAUUUCUUAUGGGUUAGCUACGAUGGAAUGGACAGUGCUGAUGUGUACCUCAGUUACUUUGCAGGAAGAACUUGUGGCCUGUGUGGAUCCUUUGAUGGAGACCAGAACAAUGAUAUGAUACUUCCUUCAGGAGAAUUGGUAAGAUACUCCUUGCACUUAGUCUAG